UGAAACGAAAACGAAAUGACUGAGAUUAUUGUUGGUGAUACGGACAGUUAUGCUCGACAGUACUGCGUUACUUGGACUAAUUACAAGAAUGAUAUCCCGUAUGUGGUACGUCAAUUAUUGGAGAAUGAAUCGAUGGUUGACGUGACGCUUUGUGUUGCUGGUGAACGGAUCCAAGCUCACCGUCUUGUUCUCAGUGCUUUCAGUGGCCUACUACGAGACGUGCUGAAAGAUGCAUAUGAUGAUCAUCCGACGAUAAUAAUAAGCGACGUGUCUGCUGAAAUAAUGAAAAUAAUAAUUGAGUUUUGCUACACCGGCCAGCUGAGCACGCCAUCAAUAAACACAAAAAGUUUGCUGGAUGCUGCUUAUUUCCUACAAAUCUCAGCACUUUCAGAGUUUCCUAACAUAGAAAACUCUAUUUUGCUGAAAGAGGACGUGGAGGAAAUGACGGAGUCUCUGGAUAUGACUAAUGAAGCUGAGGACAGCAAUUGGGAGCCUGAUAAUGAUCUUGAGGAUUUGGUAGAGGCUGGAGAUGCAGUGGAUACUGAAGAUCCCGAUGAAACUACUGAGGAAAGUGAUAAACAAGAAAAGAGCGGGAAGAGAAAACGAAGACGUGAGUAUGUGAAGAGAGAUUACAAUCCCGCGAUGUUGGAAGCUGCGCUGAAUGAUGUGAGAAACGGGUUCUCUUUGAUUGAUGCCGCUAAUAAAAAUAAUGUGCCGAGAUCUACACUUUACAUGAGGUGCAAAACUCUAGGACUGCAAUUAAAUACUGCGAGACAUGAGUAUCCUCCUGAAUGUUUGAAGGCUGCUAUCAAUGCUGUUAUGAACGGUGCAAGUUUUCAAAGUGCUUCUGAUACAUACAAUAUACCAAAAACUGUACUAUGGAGACGGAUUCAAAAAGAAAAUUACCAGUCACUGAGAUCUGACAAUAAACGUUCUUAUGAUGCUGAUAAAAGGGAGGCUGCUGUUAAAGCUUUAGCUAGAGGAGAAAAUCUUACAAAAGUUGCUCUAGAAUUUCAAAUACCGAAAACUACUUUGUUUCGUGACAAAAUAAAAUUAGUGGACCAAGGAAAAUUACCCGAAUCAUUUUGGAAAAAACGUAAGACUGAAGACGAGGAGAUUAAAAAAUUGCGUCUCGAUGAAGCUGUCGCUGCGUGUUUGCAAGGUAAAAUGUCCCAGGCAGCAGCUUCGGUGGCUUAUCACAUCCCAAAGACUACUAUCUGGCGACGGCUUCAGCGAGAGCAGAGGAAAGAGGAAAAAAAUUUUAUUACCAAGAGGCAAACUCGGUCUGCUCAGCGGGUUGAUAAAAUUGAGACACACAAAAAUUCCGAAAUGACGUUGUGUGACGUAAACGUCUCAUCCGAACUCCCAAUCACGUACAUCGAUGAAAAUAAUGUCGCAGAAGAGUCUGUUAUUAUUUUAACUAAAGAAGACGUUGAAAGCCUUAAUCUUGACGACAGCCAAAUUGUCGUCGGCUCGGAUCACGAUCACGAGUACGUUCCUUGCACGAUAAGCAUCGAAGAUACUUCGAGUUAUUCAACAACUGAAAGUUAAUUAAUAAUGAAUAAUUAAGAAAAGUGAUAGUUAUAUUUAUGUACAUUGAAGACUGUUGAUAUUUUACGAUAAUAAAGAUAUUUA